GCUUUUUUAUGAAUGAGAGCGCACCCUCGUGUGUACCAGCCAUUUCAACGAGAAAGGUUUCCACUGCCUUCAUAGAGUUGACCAUUUCUUAAGCGAUUAGCAGAUUAUAUAACCCACGUACCGUCAUUAAAAGCCGUCUCAUACCUUCAUCUUUUGCAAUUUAUUGAAGUCGUAGAAAAUGGCAAAAGCAAAAAAAGUUCAGAAAAACAAGCCACUUUUUCUUGGUUCACAUGUUGUUGGAGGAAAAGUUGGAAAAACAAAUGGUCAGAACUCUCUUGCUGCCCGUAUAUCCGGAAACUCAAAAACCGAUUCGAACAACAAACUCGUUAAGAAUGAGCUCUAUCAACGUUUAAACGUUCCUGCUGGACGAACGAAUCGACGUUCGACACCCUCGUCGCCUAACGGCAGCACAAACAAGAAUAAAAUGAGUUUCAAAACUGCUGGCAGCUCCGUUUCUAUCAAAGGUAGCGCCGGUCCUACUACAGUGGUCUUGGAGAAUUUGGCUCCCGGCACGUCGUCGGACGACGUUGUGGCUACGGUGAAUAGUUUUGGCGAGAUUAUGAAUUGCCAAGUUAAUGAUUCCCAAGGAAAAGUGCGUGCUUUCGUCCGCUUUACUACACUUGCCAGUUGCAACAAGGUGGUCGAACAGUUUAACGGUAUUACUGCAGAUGGCCACGUACUCUCUGUAUACCUGAAACAAUCUAAUCGCAAAACAAAGGCACGCCGCAAUUAAAUCUGUAAUGAUGAUAUACCGUCGCAUUAACGGCCAGUGCUGUUUAUGAAGGGCAACAGGAAAAUAUGUCUUAGGGCUUUGUGUUUAAGUCAGCACAAUGUCUUCGAAAUAGGGCAAAAACAGAGGGAUGUUUUUAGGCAAUAGCUCUGGGUAAUUCCGCUGAAUGCAUUCCACUAUCAGACGAAAAAGCAAUGAGUUACCCAUUGCAGUAAGAUGCAAGCCAUCACAAAACAGCAACUCCGGUGUCGGAUGCGUCUGACUCUCUUCAUAAAAGUGAAUUGCUACUGUGUCGUCACGAGCAUUAGCAAUUUUGUAAAUUUCGUCAACAAAUGGUUUUUGAACUCUCUCAUAACUAAUAAGCUUUGUCGAGAUGGGCGGAGAAAUAACAAUCUUUUUUGAGGUAGGGAACGUAUCCAGUAGCGCAGUGAUAUUGCUUCGAAACUCGUCCGGCGAAGUCAAGAAUCCAUUUGGUCCAACUU